CGCACGCGAGAGGCGGCCGCGUCAUUCCAUUACAUUAUCACGUGGCCCGUAACAACAAACCUUUUGUAUCCAGUUAUAACUACUUUUAAAAUCCUAGUAAACAUGUAGAAGAUUGACAGAAUUUCCAAAGUUAAAAACAAGGUUAAAAAAGUGACAAGUGCUUACAAUCUUACAAUAGUUAGUGUUUUCAAGUCUGUGGAAUUUGUGAAGUUAUAAAUAGAUGUCUACGUUACCAUAGAGUGAUUAUGGCAUUUGAAUGCAAAAGUUGCGAUGUAAACAAAGGAGGUACAGUUUGAAAAGUGUAUCAGUACAGUGUUCCAACAUGUUUGACUUGUUGGGUUGGUACUUCGUCGCCAUCCUAGUGGUCAUAUCAGAUGCUCAACAAAUAAGCGGUCCUAUUAUAAUGUCACCAAACGAAAUACUACUACAAUAUAAACAAAACUACACAAUUCACUGUAAAGGGAAAAGGCCAAUAAACUUCACAAUACAAGAAGCGGCGGAGGACGAGGAAACAGACUUUAAAAAGAUACUACGAAAAGUGGCGCCAUCUGACAAUGAGUAUGAGUAUGAAAUAGCACUCGAUCUAUACAGCGUAGACCCUUUUUCUGUGGGUUACUACGCGUGUCAUGACGACACGGUCGAUCCGUCGCAAAUAUUUAACGAGUUGGUCGAGGAACCAACGAACAAUGAACACAUCUCUUAUACGUACGUCUACGUGAAUGAUCCACAAAAUAUAAUAGCACCAAUGAGAGAAAUCGUUUAUGUGGUGAAACCUGGUGCCAAGACAAUUAUUGGAUGUAGACCCACGUAUCCUGACGUACAAGUUAAUUUGACUAUGAAGAAUGUGACGCAGCAGGUGAAAACGAAUCAGAACAAGAUAGUAAGAAUAAACAAGAUUGGCUUUUUAGUCCGAGUGCGUAAAACUGAGACUUACACAUACACGUGCGAAGGUCGUCGCGGCAACCGUACCGAACGGAAAAGUGCCCACAUUAACAUUCGUACUGUUUCGAACGAUGCGGAGAAGCCGCUGAUAACAGUGAGAGAUAACAGGUUUCUGGCCGGGGAGACCAUCUUUAUGAACUGUACGGUCAACUACACACUCAACAACGCGAUUUCGCUCCGAUGGAUUACUCCGCAGCCCUUGUCUGAGGAAAAUGUGAAGUCCAACGAAUUUGAAAUCCAGGACACAGACGUCCUAUACCGAGCGAUUUGGGUCAAACAUGCGACUGAAAAAGAUGCCGGAGAGUAUAUCUGCGAAGCGACCAAAGGAUUUAGUGACAUCACAAGAAAUACUCAUACGAUGACGUUUCUAAAGACGCCAUAUUUGAAACUCAAAUUACUUGGACCAGAAAAAGCGAAAACAGAGAAUCGGCAGUUUACAUUUGCUUUUAGAAUCGAGGGGUAUCCCAUACCGGAGUACAAAUUUUUCAAAAACAACAACACGAUAAUUAACAAUGGCACUAAGUACAAUAUAGAAGUCGACAAAAUAAAAGUGAUACACAAGUUAAGGAUUAACGACGUGGAUAUUACUGACACAGGAGAAUAUACAGUGCAAGCGACGAAUAGUAACGGCACACAGAGAUUGAGCAGGCAUUUGAAUGUGUAUGAUGUUCCCCGAAUCACUUUCAAUCUAGAAGGAAGAUUUUUGAAAGGACAACAAAGGAAGUUGAAGUGCGUAGUAACGGGCUAUCCUUUACCGGACGUCGAGUGGUCUUUCAUAGACGGACAAACAAACGAGGAACUCGACACUCCUUUAAAAGGCACCAUAGAAGAAGUAUCCGAAUACAAAGUAGUUUCAACACUCGAUAUACAAGUUCAGUCCCCUGGCACAGUAAUCUGCAGAGCCUCGAACACCAGAGGAAAGAACGAGACAGCAAGACCAUUACUUGUCGAUGAGAUAGAAGGCGGCUUUGGUAUUGAACAUGAGGGGAAAGAGAAGGAAGUGUCUGAAGGAGACAGGAUAAUUUUGAGAUGUCUCGCCUCUAGGUAUGACUACACGUCUGUACGAUGGGUGGGCCCGAACGAGGAGAUACCAGGAGCAGUCUUCGAACAAUCAACGAACGCAAUGUCUCUUGUCUCAAAAAUGGAAAUAAAUGACGCACUAAUAAGUCAUACAGGCAAUUACUCAUGCAUCGCAUACAACAAUAUAACAAGCAAAGAACGAAUAGAGACCAUCUCUGUGGUAGUUGCAGGUCUUCGCGCAGCAACGAUAAAAGUACCCGCUGAAGAUACCGACAAAGAGGUCAUACCGUUUGAUGAUGUGACCCUCACGUGCGUAGCGGAGGCUAUUCCGCCACCAGUCAUUACGUGGUACAAGGACGACAUUGAGAUACCAACCAAGAACAUUAUUACACGGGACAUAAACUAUAGUACAGUGAACUCAACAUACUCGUACAAGCAAAAUGGCACCGACGAUUCUGUCUACGAAUGCGUGGCUACCAGCGGCACGUCCAGGGUUUCGAGAGUGUACCGGACCACUGUGAAAAUGCUCCAAUCCCAUUUCAAAUGGGAGUACCUGAGCAUCCUAGUCGCCAUAAUGCUGGCCCUGGUAUUCCUCGUGCUGUACCUCUGCUGGAAGAUUAAGAAGGAGAAGAGAUUUAGAAAGGAGCUGGCAGCCGCUGGUCUCCUGUACUUUAAAGAAGGGGCGCCAAAGUCUCUGAAUCCUGAGCUUGGCAUUGAUGAGCAGGCCGAGUUACUGCCCUAUGACGACAAGUUUGAGUUUCCUGUGGAGAAGUUGAUUUUGGGGCCCCAGUUAGGCGCUGGUGCCUUCGGUGUGGUUUACAAGGCGGAGGCUCGUGGCAUCAUCAACGCUGAAGACAGCACCACCGUGGCCGUGAAGAUGGUCAAGAAAACAGCCGACAACAUCUACAUCAAAGCGCUGGCUUCCGAACUCAAGAUCAUGGUGCAUCUGGGGAAGCAUAUUAAUAUUGUCAAUUUGUUGGGCGCGUGCACAAAGAAUGUUGGAAAACGCGAGCUGAUCGUGAUAGUAGAAUUCUGCAAGUUCGGCAACAUCCACAACUACAUGCAGCGACACCGCGAUGUGUUCAUCGACCAACUUACCGACAACCAAGAAAAGGGGAAUAUCAACCGCGGCUUCUGCGGUAAUGACAGUGGCAUGACGUCGGAUUGCCUGAAUACGAACCAGACGCAGAACACAGAUCACACGUUCCUCAACACUGCUGCCAGUAACCGAUCAGGAAGACUGGACAAGCCUAAACCACAAUCGGAAUCUGAAAAAGUAUCGGAGUCAGGCUACGUGCAGCCAGAAUGGCGGUCCAACUAUGAAAGUGACUACGUGUACGAGGGUCGGAAGCCGCGGCCGCUCACGUCUCGCGAUCUUCUCGCCUGGGCCUUUCAGAUCGCUAGAGGCAUGGAGUACUUGGCUAGCAUGAAAAUUCUUCACGGAGAUUUGGCUGCCAGGAAUAUAUUGCUGGCUGAAGACAACGUUGUGAAGAUCUGCGACUUCGGCUUAGCGAGAAGCAUUUACAAGAACGACGAAUACCAGAAGAAAGAGAAUAGCCCGUUACCAGUGAAGUGGCUAGCCAUCGAGUGCAUGACGGACCGCAUAUUCUCAACGCAGUCAGACGUGUGGUCCUUCGGCAUCGUCCUGUGGGAACUGUUUUCCCUCGCUAAGACUCCGUACCCUGAGAUUAGUCCUCAGGACCUGUUGCAGCGGCUACAGGAAGGCCAUCGCCUCAGCAAGCCACCGUACGCGGAUGACCGGCUGUACCGCGUCAUGCGGUCAUGCUGGGAGCAGCGACCCACCAAGAGACCCACCUUCACUACACUGCAGGAGACCAUCGGGUCGUUCUUAGAGGAUAACGUUCGGAAUCACUACGUGGAACUGAACCAGUCAUGUGCGGACACUAACGCGGACCGCGUCGGCGAGAAUUAUCUGGUGCAAGUGUGCGCGCCAGACUAUAACAACCAGGUGACGCCAAGCCCGCACCACUACGCCAACGACGCCAGCGGCUUCUUCUUUGGCGUCACGCCAUCGCCAACGCCACAAUUACAACAUGAUGACGAAGGCUACCUAGCGAUGACUCCAGCGUCCAACCAGAACAUAUUCAGUCCACGCGUCGGCGCCACCUUCGAUUUCGACGCUCGCAAGCUCAACGGACGCUCAUCAGCUUCCAGCCAGGGAUCAGAACUCACCCCCAUGCUCUCCCUCAACCAUCUCACCCCCUCCGACUCGGACGAACCCCCCACCUCCCCCUACCUCAACAUGAUCCCCCGCAUCGAAGAAGAAACAGACGAGGGGCGUGCGGGGCAGCAGCGGUGGCGUUAUCGGCACACCUGACCGCAGCCGUCAUCAGUCCCAGCACCACGACUAGUACCUUCAGGUCUACAUACAUAUCUGUAGUACCUCCGUGAGUUACACCUCCAGGCAGGCAA